GCACGUUAAACACUUCUGAGGAGAGGAACUUCUGCUGCGUAACGCAACGCAUUACCGAUGACCACAACAACAACGUUCGGAGUGGGUAUUGGCGCAGCGGCCUUAGCCGGUGCUGCCAGCUUAGGCCUAGCCGGUCUAGCAGUCGCUGCCUUCCACGGAAAAAGGAGGCGGGGACGAAAGGGACACGGCUACAGACACGGCUACGGACACCACGGCGGCGGCGGCGGACACGGCUACGGCUAUCACGGACGGAAGAGGAGGAGGUCCGUCGAGGAAGAGGAAGAGACCAGAGAGAGGAUCUUGGAGCUGAUUCGGGAAGAGGACGUCCUGGAUUGCGGGAUGCGUCUAGUGUGUGAGCUUGGUGGCAACGAUGAGGACGAACUGUCUAUGGAGGAGCUUGCCAUCCUCUCUUUGGUCGGACCCGUCGUCCAGCCCGGGGAGGGGAUACUUCCAGGCAGAGCUUCAGCAGCUUACAGAAUAGCCCGGACAGCUGGUUACUCGCAGACCAAUUGCACGGAACUGUACUCGAAGUGCCCAGUCGAUAACAAAAACCUCGUGGAAGCCGUCAUGUCAUAUAUACCAUGAGCAAUUGAAUCCUAUAAGCGAUAAGCAUUCCAUAUCUGUCUGAUAUCUUGCACCCUUAUUGAGAGAGGCUUUUUCUUCGAAAUGGUGUGGAUUUCAGUUAUGUUUUUCUGUAAUUGCUUGGGUUAGCGCACUUUAUAUGCUUUCAAAAACCAUAGUAUUGACCCAACAUGUGGAUUUGAUACCAUCAGUACAGCCUGUAGUGAUGGUGUCAAAAAAGUACUGAGCUCAAAAUAUACCUGUACUUUACAAGUAUAUUUGAGAUCAGUACUUUUCUUAUGAUUUUGGAGAUCAAAGAUUGGAUGUAGAAUUGGAAAGGUGAACUGUUUCAGGUGUUUAUUAAUUUAUUUUUUAUUUAUUGUAUUUGAUUAUUUAUUUGCUUAUUUAUUUAUACAUUUAUUCUCAUAAUGCUAACGUUCGGCAUUUGUAUCUAAAU